ACACUCGAGAGGUGGUAGCUAUAAAGUGUGUGGCAAAAAAAAGUCUGAACAAGGCGUCGGUGGAAAACCUCCUGACUGAGAUUGAGAUCCUCAAGGGCAUUCGGCACCCCCAUAUCGUGCAGCUGAAAGACUUCCAGGUGUGAACCUGGGAUGGGGCUCCCCCAAGGGGACUGGAGAAGGGACACACUCUAGGCUGCUUCUCUACUUCUAAUCACAGUGGGACAGUGACAAUAUCUACCUCAUCAUGGAGUUCUGUGCGGGAGGUGACUUGUCUCGAUUCAUUCAUACUCGAAGGAUUCUUCCUGAGAAGGUGGCUCGAGUCUUCAUGCAGCAAUUGGCUAGUGCCCUGCAGUUUCUGCAUGAACGAAACAUCUCUCACCUGGAUCUGAAGCCACAGAACAUUCUGCUGAGUUCUUUGGAGAAGCCCCACCUUAAACUGGCAGACUUUGGCUUCGCACAGCACAUGUCCCCAUGGGAUGAGAAGCAUGUACUCCGCGGUUCUCCCCUCUAUAUGGCCCCUGAGAUGGUGUGUCAGCGACAGUACGACGCCCGUGUGGACCUUUGGUCCGUAGGGGUCAUCCUGUAUGAAGCCCUCUUUGGGCAGCCCCCUUUUGCCUCCAGGUCAUUCUUGGAACUGGAAGAGAAGAUCCGAAGCAAUCGGGUUAUUGAGCUCCCCUUGAGGCCCCCGCUCUCCCGAGACUGCCGUGACCUACUACAGCGGCUCCUGGAGCGGGACCCAAGCCGUCGGAUCUCCUUCCAGGACUUCUUUGCCCACCCCUGGGUAGACCUGGAGCACAUGCCUAGUGGGGAGAGCUUGGCACGAGCAAGUGCCCUGGUGGUAGAGGCUGUAAAGAAGGACCAGGAAGGGGACGCUGCGACUGCCUUAUCUCUCUACUGCAAGGCUCUGGACUUCUUUGUGCCUGCCCUGCAUUAUGAAGUGGAUGCCCAGCGGAAGGAAGCAAUUAAGGCAAAGGUAGGGCAGUACGUGUCCCGGGCUGAGGAGCUCAAGGCCAUCGUCUCCUCCUCCAACAAGGCCCUGCUGAGACAGGGAACAUCAGCCAGAGACCUGCUGAGAGAGAUGGCCCGGGACAAGCCACGCCUCCUAGCUGCCCUGGAAGUGGCUUCGGCUGCCAUGGCCAAGGAAGAAGAAGCCAAUGGAGAGCAGGAUGCCUUGGACCUGUACCAACACAGCCUGGGGGAGCUGCUGCUGCUGCUGGCAGCGGAGCCCCCAGGCCGAAGGCGAGAAUUGCUUCACACUGAGGUUCAGAACCUCAUGGCUCGGGCUGAAUACCUGAAGGAGCAGGUCAAGAUGAGGGAAUCUCGCUGGGAAGGAGAGACCCUGGACAAGGAGGGGCUGUCGGAGUCAGUUCGUAGCUCUUGCACCUUACAGUGACCUCAGAAGGAUGACUGGACAGCACAAGACUCCUGGAGUAAAAGGGCAUGCGAAUUCAGGCUGACGCCCAAAAUUAAAUGGCCCUUUGCAGGUCUGGGGAGCUUCCUGGAUGGACACUUCUGAGACCUCCAUAUUCCAGACAAUUCCUGGCAGUACUGCCCAGCCUGCAGAGGGCCUGGUGGCCCAUGUCAUGUGCUGGGAGCACUGGAAGCAGGAUUCUGAGACGAGAGUUUCUCUCACGAGACCUUUGUUAUUUGGGCACUGCUGGGUCCUGAGCCUGUCAAUUUGGGAGCACCAAGCCAUUUAUGGGUUUUGCUCUGAGAAGAGGGCAGGGGGCCCUCUGCAGGGUACUUUUGCUCUUGCACUGUCCCUGCCAGCAGACAGCUGGACCCACCCUUCUGGGGAGCAGGUAUUCCAGCUCAUCUUCCUCCUCCACUGGAAUAGGCACUCCAGGACCCUCAGGGACCACCCACCCGACAGUGCACUCAGUCCCAUGGAACUCCACAGUGUUAUUCCGAGCUCAUUCCUGCCCACCAUCUCUGUACUUUAAGAUAAUCCUUCAAGCAUGAGAGUAAUGUUCUUGGUAGGGGUGGUACAAAUUUGAGAAUCCCAUGUCUUAUUGUUUCUGCCUUGGCACAGCGGGGAGGGGUCCUCAAUCCUCAUGCCUCUCAGUUCAGUCCUAUUUGGAAAACACAUAUUAGCUGCAGAGUAGGCCCUGUACUGGAAUUUGAGCCAAGGAUUGGGGGAGUGAUUGGGGACUGCUGACCCUAAGAGGCUGCAGGCACACCCAGCACUGUCCAGGAUAUGUAGUCCUAGGCCUGACACUGCCACUACCCCAGUGUGUGACCCUGGUCAAGCCCCUUUCCUUUUCUGAGCCUCUCAUCUCUUCAGGGGUGUAACUGAUACCUCCACAGCCCACAGCAUGGGCUCUCAUGAGGGCAGAGUGAAUGUAACGUGGAGAAGAAUGUACACACCAGAGAAGAUUUCUAACACUUCUGCCCUUAAAUGCCUAGAAGUCUAAAUUCCUAAAACUAAACACACACAAAAAAGCCUUCUGAAGUGUUGGCUGACUUCUCUGCAGGAGACUGGGUGUAAAGACUGCAAUUGUUUCUCUAUUAAAUUAUUUUGGGUA